AUGGCAAGUACCCACACGGUCACGCAUCUGGAUUCCUCGGAAUCAUUUGAGCGACCAGCCAUAGAGUUCAACAAGCACUACAGGCCUGAAGGCGGACGCCAUAGCACCUCAGUGGAUACUGCAAUUGACGCCUUCCAUCGGCAACUGCCCGAGUAUGGCGAGACAAGGUUGCACAGUCUGCCGGAGAUUGCGAAAGACCUCGGAUUUGCUCACGUCGUCUUGAAGGAGGAGUCGACACGCUUUGGGCUACCAUCUUUCAAGAUUGCUGGUGCGUCUUGGGCCAUCCAUCAAGCGUUAUGUGAGCAUCUGCGCUUACCGCCAUCCACAAGCUUCGUCGAGCUGAAAGAAGCCAUUGCUGCCGCUACGGGACCCACAGUACGUCUGGUGACAUGCACUGAAGGCAACUGGGGUCGCGCUGUUGCGCGGAUGGCCAAGUAUUACCGCCUGCCGGCCACAAUCUACGUGCCGUACUUCAUGAACACUUACGUGCAGGGUCUGAUUCGUGGUGAAGAUGCUGAGGUGCGAGUCCUUGAAAACGGAUCGUAUGACGAUACGAUCGAAGCUGUCCGGCGCGAUGCCGAGAAGACCGGUGCACUGAUGGUGAUGGACUUCAGCUGGGCCGGCUACGAGAAGAUACCGCGAUGGGUUACCGAGGGUUACUCCACCAUCCUCCGAGAAACGGAUCGCCAAGUUACAUCGAUGACCGGAAAUUAUAGCUUGCCGAAGCUCGCGUUUGUGUCUGUCGGAGUGGGAUCGUGGGCUCAUGCCGUAGUUGAGCACUACCAGGCGGACGAGCUUGCGAACGAGGUGGUAUCGGUUGAACCUGAUACUGCGGCCUGUCUGAAGGAGUCUCUGCUUUGCGGAGCGUUGACCAGCAUUUGCACGGGUGAGAGUAUCAUGAAUGGCAUGAACUGCGGCACGCCUUCUGCUCUUGCUUGGCCAGUAUUGCGCGAUGGCAUUUACGCUGCAGUUGCGGUCACCGACAAGGAAAGCCAUACCUGCGUGCAGGAGCUCCAGAAGCGGCGAAUCAACGCCGGGCCCUGCGGUGCGGCGACGCUGGCGGCAUUGAGAAAGCUGUGUGCGGAUACCAAAGUCGCGGACAGGCAAGAUAAGAUAGCCGUCCUCUUCAGCAGUGAAGGCAUGCGUGAGUACGAUCCACCAGUCUAG